AUGGACGCUUUAAAACAAUCAUUGACAGCGCAGACGGAUAUUCAAUUCAUCUCCGUAGGAGACCUCACGGUAGACAGAACGUAUCCAAUAAUGAAAAUGGUCAAUCGGGACACACAGUAUGGACGAGCGAUCGUAUGCACACUUGAGGAUAUUGCGGGGAGUCUUUUCCAAGUCUAUCUACCCAAGUCCAUCCAACUCGAGGACGAUGAAAUCUUAGAGUUCAACAGUAGAACUGAGAAAACCAUAAAUCUCGUAUUCAAAGGACGGCGGGGGAGGGCAUUCAAUAUCGCAUUCGUGUAG